AUCAAUCGGCGUGGACCCAACCAUUAUUCUCCAGAAAAUGUAAACUAGAGACGGCCAAAUUCUUCUGCACCAGUUUCAAUGCUCCUUGUUGGCAUCAUCUUCAAAGCUUAGAACGGAAUUCUACUUAUAGUGUGGGUAGCCUGAACUCUUCAAAGGGUAUUGCUGCCGCUGAGACUUAGCCAGGAUGGAUCCUAUGAUGAAGCUACUCUGUGUAUUUGGGCUUCUAGUCUUGGCACAAACAAGAGCCGUGAUGGGUUUCAGUGGCUUGCAGAAAUGUGGAUUCCAGGCAAUUUACAACUUUGGAGAUUCCAAUUCAGAUACUGGAGCAAUAUCUGCAUCAUUAUCAGAGGUCACUUCACCAAAUGGUGAAACUUUCUUUGGACAUCCUUCAGGAAGAUUCUGUGAUGGUCGUCUGAUUAUAGACUUUAUAGCUGAGAGGUUGAAAUUGCCAUAUCUUAGUGCCUAUCUGGACUCAGUUGGGGCAGUUUUCAGGCAUGGUGCAAAUUUUGCAACUGGAGGUUCUUCUAUUCGCCCUGGUGGUUACAGCCCAUUUCAUCUGGGUAUUCAAAUUUCUCAGUUUGUACAGUUCAAAGCUCGCACCAUAGCUCUGUAUAAUAAACUCAGCCCCAGUGAGCCUGAAACUAUCCCACCCUUCAAAAGCAAUCUUCCUAGGCCGGCAGAUUUCUCAACGGCUCUAUACACAUUUGAUAUUGGCCAGAAUGACUUGGCCUAUGGAUUUCAACACUCAACACAGGAGCAAGUUAGAAAGUCCAUUCCUGAUAUUCUGAACCAGUUUUCAGAAGCAGUGCAUCUGCUGUAUGAGGAAGGAGCUAGAUUUUUCUGGGUACAUAAUACAGGUCCAAUUGGUUGCUUGCCAUAUAGUUAUUUAUAUCACCAAUCAAAUCCUGGUAAUCUUGAUCAAUAUAAAUGUGUGAAUUCUCAAAAUGAGAUUGCUCAGGAGUUUAACAGGCAGCUGAAAAAUAAGGUAUCCCAGCUGAGCACACAGCUUCCUCAUUCAGCAUUCACAUAUGUUGAUGUGUACUCCACUAAAUAUCAACUAAUAAGUACUGCAAAGAGCCAAGGUUUCAUCGAUCCGAUGAACUUCUGUUGUGGUAGUUUCUAUGGAGUUCAUAUUAAUUGUGGAAAGAAAGCCAUAGUGAAUGGAACAGUUUAUGGGAACCCAUGUCAGCAUCCAGCAAAGCAUAUAAGCUGGGAUGGCAUACACUAUUCUGAGUCAGCUAAUUUAUGGUUAGCAAAUAGAAUUCUCAAUGGUUCUCAUUCUUAUCCACCUUUCUCAGUUGAGGACGCUUGUCAGAAUCUCCAGAAUGCCAUUGGCUAAACAAGGUCAUUGUUGAAACAUGAAGCUUGAUUAAUACUUGAUGGUUUGGUCUUCAAGUUGUUGCUAGAUAUGAGCCUAAAUAUGCAUAAGAACAGAUUAUCUCAAAUGGGAACUUGUUCAAAUAUUUAUUCGUUUAAACCGAAUAAUCUUACCUUUAUACAUACCUAGUUCUUUUUGACAGAGAAUGCA